GUGGAGGCCGCAGUCACCCGCCUGGUAACGUGCCUCUGCCGCUCUCCCACACCUACCUGUCUCUGCGCUUCUCUUCCGACCCGACGCAGCAGCUCGCGAGGGCGAGAGACAUCGUUUCGCGAACUGACCGAGGAGAAGCCGGAGGGCCCGAGCUCAGCGGAAAAGGCAAAAGCAGCGCCGUGGCCGCGCCCUCUUCCAGGACGUGCCGAAGCCGCCCCAGGAGCCGUGGACUCCGCCUCUGGACUUCCCGGAGCCACUUCCCGGACGAGCAGGUGAAGCGCGUCAAGAAGAUGGGCGACCGCCUGACCAACCUCCGCAGGCUGCUCGGCCGCCAGGCUGGGCUGGCGAGGGUCCUCACCAAACCCUCCAUCUGGGCUGACCCAGGUGUCAUGGUCGCCAAGGGAAGCCCUGUGACCAUCUUAUCUCCAGGAUCUCUGAGGGCUGAUGAUUACCAUCUGUAUAGAGAGAGGCCCUCUGGACUCUGGGAGGCUAAGGCCCCACAGGACUCCAGUAACAAGGCCAGUUUCCCCUUCGAAUCCUCGAGCUCAAGCACCGCAGGGCAGUAUCAGUGUGUCUAUCGCAGCAGGAAAGACAGGGGUGCACAGAGCCCCUCCCUCUCAGCCCAGCCACGCCCUGUGGUGGCCUCAGGAGGGAGCGUGUCCCUGGCAUGCAGCUCACAGUUUGCAGGGGGCACUUUGCACCUGCUGAAGGAGGGAGGCGUGUACAGGGAGCCCUCCGUCUCAGCCCAGCCAGGCUCACUCGUGCUCCGUGGAGACAGCCUGAUCGCCGGAAUGUACAGGAAACCCUCCCUCUCAGCCCAGCUGUGGGCCUCAGGACCCUGCAGAGAGAAUGUGACCCUGCAGUGUGGCUCUGAGGUCUGGUCCGAUCCACUGCAUCUGUCCAAGGAGGGGUCACUCACUCCUCCCCAGCACCUUCGUCUGCAGGACACGGCUCCACCCUUUCAGAACAGCUUCACCUUGAGUCCUGUGACCUCAGCCCACAGUGGGACCUACACGUGCUACAGCUCACUCAGCACCUCCCCCUCCCUCAUGUCACAGCCCGGCGACCCCUGGAGCUCCUGCUCUCAGGCGAGGAGCCCCCUCCCCAUAUCCAUCGAGGAGCCAGACCCUCGGCCCACAGCCCUGUCCCGGGGCAGCUCUGAGCUGGAGGAAAAGACGGGGGACACAGGGCCGUCAGCCACAGGCGGCCCCACCCACGGAGGAGGGACAGCAGCACUGGGGCUGCAGACGCUCACCCACACGCACAAACGCCACGGCUGCUGA